CUCGGAUCCUCUGCGCAUGCGCACGCGCACUGCUACCGGAAGCACAUCCCCGCACGUGUGGCGUUUGACAACCUUGAGGAGACUACAAAACAGCUAAAGUAGCCGUUAGCUUAUGUCUCACAACAAACCGGCCCCACGAUGCCAGUGACACGAUUAUUGUACCCUCUCUACCAGCUGGGAAACCCCCAGCUGAGGAUCUUCAGACCCAAGUGGUUCCUGACCCUGGUGAGGCCGGGGAAAGAGCAGCCCCCUGACACUGUCCAGUUUCGCAUCCCAAUGGAAAUGACCAAGUGUGAUGUAAAGAACUACCUGGAGAAGAUCUAUAACGUCCCUGUGGGAGUAGUCCGGACCAGGAUACAGUUUGGCUCCAACAAGAAGAGGAAUCACCUUAACCAGAAGGUGAAGCAGCCCGACUAUAAAGUAGCUUACAUUCAGCUGGCACAGGGCCAGACGUUCACCUUCCCUGACAUCUUCCCGGAAAAGGAGCAGACGCCGAAGGAGGGCUCCGUGGAGGAGAUGCAGGAGAAGUUUAUGGAGGACGAGAAGCAGAGGCAGAGACUGGACCCCAGGAGAGGAGGGGUCACUGAAUGGUUCGGACUCUGAGAGAACCCUCCCGACCGGGAACUCUUGAGCGUGUUGUGCAGCGUGGGUGUUUUCACUGGGAGCAACGUGUAUUGAUUUACAGCGCGACUGUUGUGAUGUCACUUCUAUUUAUGUACGAAACACUCACAAGUAUGUAGUAAAGAAGAAUGAGCAUGUGUGUGUGGGAGACCGUAGACGUGUGUGUGAGGCAGAGCGAGUUUGUGAGGCUCCAGUCCAGUAACGAGAGCCAGAACAGAAUCACAGGAGGAGGAGGAGAGUGGAGGAGGAGAGUGGAGGAGGAGAGUGGAGGAGGAGAGUGGAGGAGGAGGAGGAGGAGGAGGAGAGUGGCCCUGCUCCAUCUUUAAUGAAACCAGCCCACCGUACAGAAUCCCCAUCACCUCAGAUGACCUCCUUCUUUUGUUGCCCCUACUCCUCAUGUUCCACCUCCUUCUCGUUUUUACUCCUCAUCUUUGGCACCAGUACCUCAGCACCUCCACGUUCCAGGACUCACCUUCUCCCCCUCUCUCGUGCCUCUGUCUGUUCGUCUUCUCGUCCUCUGCCACCCUGGGGAGUCGUACGGGGGGGGGGGGGGGGGGGGUGUCCCUCACAGCCCUGACUCUCAGCCAGUUGGACCCGCUCACCUGGACGAACCCACAUCCGUUCCUCUCUCUUUUAUGAGUUUGCCUUUUAGUUAAUUGGCCGCUUAAGGUGAACAACAAUUGAGAUGUUGUUUCAGCAAAGCGACGACCUGGAAUUUGCUGGAGUGUUUUAUUAUUUUGCGGUAGCCCCCUCUUGCCAUGACUCCGAGAAAAAGAUUGUACAAUUGUUUGUGCGUGUGCGGUUGUUUUGGCCUCGGAUGUGGGUCUUGCCAGUGAAUCUAAUUGUAAGUGCUGUUGGAAUAAGAACUAAUAAACGGUCACAUGUCCAAAA